AUGAUCCGUUUUGCCUUGGCCGCUCUGCUUAUCGCAACAGUCUACGGUUGUGGUACUCCUGUAUACCAACCCAUCCUCUCCAGGGUUGUAGGUGGUGUGGACGCUAGACCCAACAGCUGGCCAUGGCAAAUCUCCCUCCAGAUAUCUAGAGAAGGUCGCUGGGGUCACACUUGUGGGGGGACUCUCAUUGAUCCCAGAUGGGUUAUGACUGCAGCACAUUGCAUUCACAACAAGUAUACCUACAGAGUGGCUCUCGGCAAACAGGUCCCUCUCAGAAAAUGAGCAGGCUCCAUCUAUGCUCCAGUUGAGAAGAUGUUCCGUCACGAGAAGUUCAACAUGAUCUUUGCUGCCAAUGGUUAUGAUAUCGGUCUUGUCAAACUUGCUGAACCGGUAGACCUGACUGACAAGAUUAACUUGGGAUGUAUCCCUGCCCCAGGCACUAUUCCCCAUGACUACAGCUGUUAUAUUACUGGCUGGGGAUUGCUGAGGGCUGGCGUACUGUGUCUAAUGUCUUGCAAACAAGCUCUUCUGCCUGUCGUGGAUUACGCCAUUUGUUCCCAACCCUCGUGGUGGUGGGUGGCGGUCAAGAAAUCGAUGGUGUGUGCCGGCGGUGACGGAGUUGUUUCUGGAUGCAAUGGAGACUCUGGAGGUCCACUGAACUGCCAAAAUGCCGCGGGUACCUGGGAGGUGCACGGAGUCGUCAGCUUUGGGUCGUCCCGCUGCAGCCAAAAGAACAAGCCAACUGUCUUCACCCGUGUGUCCGCCUACAAUGAGUGGAUAACUGAGAAAAUGAUGAACAAUUAA